GCGUUAGCGUCGCGGCUCAGUGCCGGUCUCGAGCACGGUGCGCGACACACGCGCCAGCCCUGGCUGUCUGAACUGAACGCCUUUUACCUUUUUAUUUUUUUUACAACUCGUACGACGCUCUUCGCGGAAACUUUGACAUUUAUUUUUUUAAUUCACGUUUUUUUUUAAUUACGUUUCGUUUCUAUUAAUGAAACGUAAGUAAUUUAAUUGUAUUCGAGUUUUAGUUUUAAUAAACUUUUACAUUUAAAAAUAACGGACCGAAUGACCUUUUAGGUCGUGAAAUUUUUUGUAUCGCAUUAUCAUGAACUGUGAUUGACUGUGACCAGAAGGAACUUGAACCUAAUAAAUUAUAUUUGGGUAGUGAAAUGUGCAGUUUGUGAUUGGUCUGUCUAAAACAAAACAAUCGCGAAGUUUGAGAUGACGUCUCUUUACGAGGGCAAGUCUGUGAUCCGUCCGAUAGCGUUCAAGCCACUGGGCGGGCGGCUGUCAGCGGGCGGCGAACGCUAUGGCUCCACUCCAGUUCUCGCCAGUAGACCGCCUUCACUCAUGACUCUAUACGGCAGUUCAUCAGACGUGCGUGAGGCGCGUUGGUGUGGGUCACCACAGCCGGCGUCGCUGUCGGCUCUACCUCCAACCACGCUCUCCACACCGCUGCAUCAGAGACACCACUCCGCUAUCGUAACGAAGUCAAGCUGCUUGGUGAGUGGGGACAGCAAGGAGCCUGUGCCGGCGCCCUCGCCCGCGGACUCCGGAGUCUCCGAGCUCGAACGAGAUCAUCAUGACUACAGUACAUGUGAACGCAUACGUGGUCAUAUCGGGCACGAGGCGCGUGUCCGUCUGGCGCGCGGUCUGGCGGCGGGCGCGGCGAGUGCGCGACGCGACGAGCGCGAGGCGGAGCUCGGCCGCGUGCGUCGCGAGCGAGCACUGCUCCGUCAGCGGCUAGAAGACGCAGAGUGGAGCCUCUGCCAACGCGCCGGGGAGAUCGCGCUACUCAAGACACAACUCAAAGAAGCACAGAAUGAACAAACAGCCAAAGGCCACGAAUAUCUCACGAUGAAGGCCGACUGCCGCCAACUUCGUGAGGCGCUCGACAAAAAAGAAAAAGACAUAAUGAGGUUGCGCUCCGAGUUAGAAGAGAAAGAAAAAUCGGUGAGCAGACUGCAGUCGGAAGUGGACCGACUGACGGGAGACCUCGUGCAGAGCGUCGCUGACAUGAACAAGGCUAAAGAAAGCAGCAAGAACGAAAUCGAAAGACUAAAAACGGAACUAAAAGAAUUGAGACAGGAAUUGUCCGAUGUUUCCCUCAGCGGGUACGAGGGGAUAGAGUGUGGGAGGACGAUGCGAGGACUAUACGACUGCAAGAGUAACGAGUACCACUGGAAUUCUAGUGACAGUGCGUUAGAAGACGCUGAAGUUCAACGUUUGAAUGGAGAACUGCCGGACGCUUGUGGGGAGCCUUGUCCAGCGAAUGCUAUAGUAGACCGAUUGAAAUGCGAGUUGGAGGCGAAAGAAGCGCAGUUUAAUAACGAAAGAAGAAAGUGGUCGGAGGAGAAGGAUAAAGUGCUUCGUUACCAGAAGCAGCUGCAAUUAAACUAUGUACAGAUGUUUAAGAGGUCCCGCAGCCUGGAGGCGGAGGUGGACGGACUACGAUUGGAGCUGGAACUCUGCAAUAAGAAUAACAUCAACCAACACAAGACGAUACACUUGUAACGACCAAAUUCACUAGCAACUAAUAUUUAUUUAGACAUCCCUUGUAAAUAAAAAUAACUCUUGCCGAGGUCUUUUAGCCAAUUAACGAUAAUACAAUGAUACUCAAUGGCGAUGGACUUUUAAUAAAUUAUUGUACAUUUUUUUAUCUAGAUAACUUUAUAGAUUUUAAGGUUUUUUAUAAGAGAAUAUCGUGUUAUUGUAGAUAAUAAAACAAUUUUAAAAUU